UUUAUGGGUCUUUGAUUCUCUUGUGUAUUGGGAUUGACCCACUCCAUGCUUAAGCUGGAACAAGCAAAAUCCACAGAGAGAGAGAGAGAGAGAGAGCCAGAGCCAGAGAGGCAGACUCUGUACAGUCUCGAACAGUAGGCAGAACCCACUCAUUUCCUUCUCAAUUUCUACGCGCGCGCACACACUCACACACCCCUCACCUGACAAGUCGUAUCACCAACCUGAUUCACCUCUCUCUUUCUCUCUCUGUCUUUCUUUCUAAAAUCAUACAAAAAAACAUAUAUACACUCGUUAUAUAAUUUGUAUACUAUAUCUGGCUUCUUUUUCCUCUCAUCUUUUGUAAAGCAAAGCAAAGCAAAGGUUGGUGACUGAAAAAGAGAGAGAGAGGCUGAAAAAGAGAGACGCUGGAAAGACCCAAGAAAGAGAGAGAGCCAGAGCCGAAACAGAGAGGGUGAAAUUGCUUGCUUUCAACAUUUUCAUGGUCUUUGUGGAACAUGCUGUUCAUCACCAUCAUUUUAUGAACAUGUCUCCCAAUAGCUUUCUCCUUCUGCAUCUUCUUCUGUGUCUUCUUCUCUCUUCAGCUACACUUUGUGUGUCCUAUGAGCCUCGCAACCAUGAAGUGGAAGCUUUGAUAACCAUAAAAAUAGCUCUGAGUGAUCCACAUGGAGUGUUGAACAACUGGGAUGAAGACUCCGUGGAUCCUUGUAGCUGGGCCAUGAUCACCUGCUCAUCUGAAAACCUUGUCGUUGGCCUGGGAGCUCCAAGCCAAUCUCUUUCUGGCUCUCUAUCUGGGGCCGUUGGAAAUCUCACAAAUCUUCGACAAGUAUUGCUGCAAAACAACAAUAUCUCUGGCAAAAUCCCACCGGAACUCGGCACGCUUCCAAGACUUCAGACGUUGGAUCUCUCUAACAACCGAUUAUCCGGUGUCAUUCCGGGGUCUCUGGACCAGUUGAAUAGUCUCCAAUACCUGAGGCUGAACAACAAUAGCUUGUCUGGGCCUUUUCCCGUUUCUUUGGCCAAAAUCUCGCAGCUUGCUUUCUUGGACUUGUCUUAUAACAAUCUCAGUGGACCAGUGCCUAAAUUCCCAGCCAGGACCUUCAAUAUCGUGGGAAACCCAUUGAUUUGUGGGAGCGGCUCCAUUGAAGGUUGCUCUGGGUCAGUCACUCUAGUCCCUCCUUCCUUCUCUCUAGAAUCGUCACCUGGAAAACACAAGUCCAGGAAACUAGCAAUUGCACUUGGAGUCACCUUCAGCUCUAUCUUUCUCAUAUGCAUUGCACUUGCCAUGUGGUGCAGAAAGAGACACAAAAGUCAAACCAUCCUACACAUUAAUGACAACCAAGAAGAGGGACUCAUGAGCUUAGGCAACCUAAGGAAGUUCACUUUCAAAGAGCUUCAAUCAGCAACCGACAAUUUUAGCUCUAAGAACAUCCUUGGUGCUGGAGGUUUUGGGAAUGUAUACAAGGGAAAGCUAGGGGAUGGAACCAUGGUGGCGGUGAAGCGGUUGAAGGAUGUGACUGGAACCACUGGGGAAUCGCAGUUUCGAACAGAAUUAGAGAUGAUCAGCUUGGCAGUUCACCGGAACUUGCUCCGGCUAACUGGAUAUUGUGCGAGCCCUAAUGAGAGGCUUUUGGUGUAUCCUUACAUGGCUAAUGGCAGUGUUGCCUCCAGGCUUAGAGGAAAACCAGUACUUGAUUGGAACACAAGAAAGAGGAUAGCAAUUGGAGCUGCUAGGGGCCUUCUUUAUCUACAUGAGCAAUGUGAUCCAAAGAUAAUCCACCGAGAUGUAAAGGCUGCUAAUGUUCUCCUGGAUGAGUACUGUGAGGCAGUUGUUGGUGAUUUUGGCCUUGCAAAGCUCCUUGACCAUGAAGACUCCCAUGUUACUACUGCUGUUCGUGGCACUGUUGGGCAUAUUGCACCAGAGUACCUCUCUACUGGUCAGUCAUCUGAGAAGACUGACGUGUUUGGAUUUGGCAUUCUCUUGUUAGAGCUCAUUACUGGAAUGAGAGCUCUCGAGUUUGGAAAAACGGUUAAUCAGAAAGGAGCCAUGCUGGAGUGGGUGAAAAAAAUACAGCAGGAGAAGAAAGUGGAAGUCUUGGUGGACAGAGAGCUCGGAAGCCACUACGACCGGAUUGAGGUGGGAGAGAUGCUGCAAGUAGCUUUGCUAUGCACUCAAUACUUGCCAGCCCACCGCCCCAAGAUGUCCGAAGUGGUCCGAAUGCUUGAAGGCGAUGGCUUAGCCGAGAAGUGGGCAGCUUCACAUGAUAAUACCAUUCCCUGUAUGAACCAGUUCCAUAAUAACACUAACAGAAGUACAUCCCGCCCUACCACCGCAUCAAAACAUGAUGAAAGUGGUCAGGAUCGUUCUAGCGCGGCCAUGGAUGAAGAUGAUGAUGAACAUUCUUUGGAUUCCUAUGCCAUGGAACUCUCUGGUCCAAGAUAGAAAAGAAAGUGAAAAAGGAAAAUAUCAAAAAAAAAAAAAAAUUAUUUGUCUUAGUUCCUUAAAAAUGGAAAUAUCUUUGUUCUGGGAAAGAUAGGUUUGGUUAACUGUUUCAUAAACAUGGUGUUGUAUUUCUGGUCCCUUUGGGCUUGUAAUGUAUAUAGUUUUACUUUUAUUUUCCCUCCA